CUUCUCUAAUGGCGUCCGGAGCUGACAGGACAAUUCUGGAUCUGUUUCUCCUGAGGAGGCUACUCCACUGACAGUGAUGUAAAACUCUCCACUGCCUUCCCCGUCUCCAACCUCUGAUCUUCAGUGACAACACUGUCCUCAGGGAAGAUGAACCGGCUGUGCGACUCGAUGGAGCCGAGAGUGAUGGAUGACGACAUGCUUAAGCUGGCUGUGGGGGAGCAGGGCCCACAGGAUGAGGCUGGGCAGCUGGCCAAGCAGGAAGGUAUCCUCUUCAAGGAUGUCCUGUCCCUGCAGCUGGACUUCCAGAACAUCCUCCGCAUUGACAACCUCUGGCAGUUUGAGAACUUGAGGAAGCUGCAGCUGGACAAUAACCUCAUUGAGAGGAUCGAGGGCCUGGAGAACCUCACACACCUGGUCUGGCUGGACCUGUCCUUCAACAACAUCGAGGCCAUCGAGGGGCUGGACACACUGGUGAACCUGGAGGACCUGAGUUUGUUCAACAACCGGAUCGCCAAGAUCGACUCUCUGGAUGCCCUCGUCAAGCUGCAGGUGCUGUCGCUGGGCAAUAACCAGAUCGGCAACAUGAUGAACAUCAUCUACCUGCGGCGGUUCAAGGGCCUGCGGACACUCAGCCUCUCUGGGAACCCCAUCGCUGAGGCAGAGGAUUACAAGAUGUCCAUCUGUGCCCACCUUCCUGACCUCGUGUACCUGGACUUCCGGCGCAUCGACGACCGCAUGAAAGAGCUGGCGGAGAUUAAGCACCAGUACAGCAUCGACGAGCUGAAGCACCGGGAGAACCUGCUCCAGGCGCGGCUGCAGGAUGAGCAGGCCCGGCGGGAGGAGCUGGAGGAGCACAAGGCCGCAUUCGUCGAGCACCUGAACGGCUCCUUCCUGUUUGACAGCAUGUACGCUGAGGAUGUGGAGGGCAACAAGCUGGCCUACCUGCCUGGUGUCAGCGAGCUCCUCGAGGCCUACAAGGACAAAUUUGUCAUCAUCUGCCUGAACAUUUUCGAGUAUGGCCUGAAGCAGCAGGAGAAGCGGGCAGUGGAGCUCGACACCUUCCGUGAGUGUGUCCAGGAGGCCAUCCAGGAAAACCAGGAACAGGGCAAGCACAGGAUCGCCAAGUUCGAGGACAGGCACCUGCUGAGUUUAAGUGCCAUUCGAGAUGAGUCCGAGCCCACCAACAUCGAGAGGAAGAUAGCGGAAUACAGUGAGGAUAUCACUGAGCUGUUCAACGUGCUCAUGACACUGGAGAUGCAGUUGGUGGAGCAGCUGGAGGAGACUAUAAACAUGUUUGAAAGAAACAUCAGCGACCUGGUGGGACUUUUUAUCGAAAACGUCCAAAGCCUGAUGGCUCAGUGCCGCGACCUGGAGAACCACCACCACGAGAAGCUCCUGGAUAUCUCCAUCAACACUCUCGAGAAAAUAGCGAAGGGCGAGCUGGACACGGACCUGCCCGACGACGUGCACGCGACAUUAACCAGUCAUCUGACAUCAGGGCAUGGGGCUCUGGUUUCACCCCAGAUUCAUCAGGACGAGACCACGAGGAACCGCAAGCGUGUGAAGGAGAUCCAUCAGUACAUCGACCACGUGCAGAACGAACUGGACAACCUGGAGUGUGGUGAUGCUGUAGACUAGGGGCGUCUGCCCAGAAGGCUGCUUUUGAAAACACAGCACUCGCCCUGGCCAGGAAAGUGCACACGUCACUGACGGCCUCAGAAGAGCGUUCUUGGGGAUUUCUCAACCCAUGACCCCCAUUACACCAUGCUUCUCCAACCCCUGGAAAAACUUCCCAAUGUAGAGAAAAAUAAAGGACUUACGUCACCUU